AUGGCGGCCGCAGAAGACGCCGCUGUUAGCAAGGACGGGCUCGUCAUCCCCCUCAUCGACUUUAGCAAGUUCCUCCACGGCACCCCCAACGAGCGCGCCACCACCGCCCGCGCCAUUCUCGAGGGCUUCCAGACGGCCGGCUUCAUCUACCUGCGCAACCACGCAAUCCCCGCCGACGUCCUGCGCAACGCCUUUGCCCGCUCCGCCGACUUCUUCGACCUGCCGCUCGACGCCAAGCUCGCCGUCGGCUGGACGACCCCCGAGGCCAACCGCGGCUACUCGUCCCCCGGCCGCGAAAAGGUGAGCCAGCUGCUCGACAGCGCCGACGUCGACAAGAUCCGCUCCGCCGCCCCGGACCUCAAGGAGAGCUUCGAGAUUGGCCGCGAGUCGGACCCCAAGUUCUCCAACCCCUGGCCCAGCGAGGACGGCUCGGGGCGUCGCCUCAAUGGCUUCCGCGCCGACAUGCUCGAUUUUCACGCCCGCUGCCAGGCCAUGCACAGGGAUGUGAUGCGUGCGAUAGCCAUGGGCAUGGGCCUUGGUGACGGCUUCUUCGAGCCCUUUGUUGACGUCGGCGACAACACGCUCCGGCUGCUGCACUAUCCCGCUGUCAAGGCCGACGUCUUCAAGGUGAACCCCGGCCAAGUGCGCGCCGGCGAGCACAGCGACUACGGGUCCGUCACCCUGCUCUUCCAGGACAGCCGCGGCGGGCUCCAGGUCAAGAGCCCGACAGGCCAGUUCGUCGACGCCACUCCCAUCGAGGGCACCGUGGUCAUCAAUGCUGGCGAUCUGCUCGCCCGCUGGAGCAACGACACCAUCAAGAGCACCAUCCACCGCGUCGUCGAGCCGCCGCGCAAGGAGGGCGUCGAGUAUCCGCCUCGAUACUUUUGCAACCCCAACUUUGACAGCUUCAUCGAGACGCUGCCGGGCACGUACGCCUCACCACGGGAUAAGAAAUAUGAGGGCAUCAACAGCGGGGACUAUCUUGUUCAGCGCUUGACUGCCACCUACUGA